UUUAUUACACAAAGAACACACACAUAGUACUAAACUACUGAUGUGCGUGUUAACAUAUUCUUUUGUCAUAUAUAAACAAUCUCUCUCACUAACUCCAACUCACAGAACUUAGGGGGUUGAAGCUUUGUAAUAAUCUCCUGUUUUCCCCCAAAUUUCAAUUUUAGGGUUUGUAUUAAAUUGACCCGAUUUGAAUUAGUUCAAUUGAGGUUGAGGAGUUGAAGAUAAUGACGAAAUCGGACAAGAAAAGUAAACAAGAAGCUGAAAAGAGUGUACGGAAAGAUCCGUAUGAGGUUCUUGGACUCUCUCGGAGCGCCACGGAUCAAGAAAUUAAAUCCGCUUAUCGUAAAUUGGCUCUGAAGUACCAUCCCGAUAAAAAUGCGAAUGACCCAGAAGCAGCUAAUAUGUUUACGGAGAUCACCUUUUCAUAUGAUAUAUUAUCAGAUCCAGACAAAAGGCGCCUGUUUGACACCGAUGGUUUUGAGGCUGUUGAAUCAGGUAACCAAGAAGUUGAGUUAGAUCUUUCAAGUUUGGGAACUGUUAAUACCAUGUUUGCGGCUAUAUUUAGUAAACUUGGUGUACCAAUAAAAACCACCGUAUCAGCAAAUGUCUUAGAGGAGGCACUAAAUGGCAUGGUGCCCAUCCGUCCACUCCUACUGGGGCAACCAGUAUCUGGAAAGGUUGAUAAGCAGAGUGCUCACUUUUACUCGGUUUCAGUAACAGAAUACGAAGCAACUGCUGGGUUAGUUUGCCGAGUUCAGUCAGCAGAUAAAAGCAAUUUUAAGCUUCUAUACUUUGACCAGGAAGGAAGUUCUGGAUUAAGCCUUUCUUUGCAGGAAGACUGUGUCAAAACAGGAAAGGUAACAUCUGCUGGAAUGUAUUUUCUCGGGUUCCCUACAUAUCGCUUGGACCAAACAGUGAACUCGAUGGCAGCUGCUAGAGAUCCCGACCUUGCCUUUUUCAAGAAACUAGAUGGCUUUCAGCCAUGUGAGAUAAAUGAACUAAAAGCUGGAAAUCAUGUAUUUGCAGUUUAUGGUGACAAUUUUUUCAAAAGUGUGAACUACACUAUUGAAGUUCUUUGUGCUGCCUCUUUGAAGGAAGAAAAAGAUAACCUUAAAACUGUGGAAGCUCAAAUCUUGUCAAAAAGGGUAGACAUUUCUAAGUUUGAAUCUGAAUACAGAGAGGUUCUAGCACAAUUUACCGAGAUGACUAGUAGAUAUGCACAAGAAAUGCAGACGAUUGAUGAGCUUCUCAAGCAAAGAACUGCUAUACAGGCAUCCUACACAGCUGUUCCAGCAAUAAAGCGCAGUGGUAGUAGGAGCAAGAACAAGGGUGCUUGUAAGGAUAGUAGAGAAGAUGGCCAAGUAAGAGAUAAGAAGGCUUCCAUGAGGGAAAGAUUAAAGAAGAAGAAAUGGUACCACAACAUUUCUGUGAAGGUGGACAAGACAAAACCUUGUUAAUUAGGAUAGUUUAGGAAAGGAGCUUGCUUGCCUAGCUGCCGUGCAUCUCCUUUUAUUGUUGCAGUACUCUUAUGAUUGUACAAAUUGAAUGACAAACAGAAGUGGAUCUCUUGAUGGGAUGCUCUAUCAACAAUGGAAGUUGGACCUAGGAUUUAGUUGCAGAAGGAUACAUGCAAAUUUCUCAGCUCAGUGUAUUGUAAUUUCUUCCCCUCUUUUUUUAAAUACAUAAUGUCUUCAUUAUACUUCUAUUUUAUUUUAUUUUUGUUUCUCCACAUGUGCUUGGAGCAUAACUCAUGUAAAUUGCGCAAUUUAUAAAUGAAAUUCUUUUAAUGAA